AUGGCCAAACAACAAAAAGACCAGGAAAUCAUCGAGAUCGCCAAAACUCUCAAAGAUGUCCCCUGGUGCGAAGAAUAUGAAAAGAUGAUCUCAGGCAUGCUCUACGACCCUCUUCACCCAAAGUUGCUAGAGGGCCGUCACAGAGCACGCGGUCUAUCCUACAAGUUCAACAAUCUAGAUCCCAACACCGGAACAUAUGAGGAGAUCGAGAAGAAGCGUACUGAGAUGUUGUCUGGGAUGCUCGGAAAGGUUGGCUCUGGAACAUUUAUCGAGGCGCCUUUCACACCAGACUACGGAAGCAACGUCUCUAUCGGAAAGAACUGCUUCAUGAACUUUGGAUUGACAAUCCUAGACACCAGUCUCGUCAUAAUCGGCGACAGAGUGCAAAUGGGCCCCAACGUACACCUCUACACAGCCGGCCACGAAACGAGCGUCCUCUCAAGGAUCAAGUUCGUCGAGUUCGGACACCCUAUCCGCAUUGAGGACGACUGCUGGAUCGGAGGAAACGUGGUGGUCCUUCCUGGUGUUACCAUUGGAAAGGGCUGUACUGUUGGAGCUGGUGCAGUUGUCACGAAGAGCCUGCCUCCUUACUCCAUCGCCCUGGGAGCUCCUGCAAAGGUUGUCAAAACGAUACAGAGUGUUGAAGAGGAGAGGGCGGAUCCCAAUAAUCCUUUCAACAAUAUGCCUGAUCGGGAAUAA